GUCAUGUGAUCCGCUUCCCUGCUCCUUUAAGCGUCCACAGGCAGCGGAGCGGCCACAAUCACAGCUCCGGGCAUUGGGGGAGCACGAGCCGGCCGCGCCGGGGGAAUCCGUGCGGGCGCCUUCCGUCCCGGUCCCAUCCUUGCGCUCCCGCACCCCUGAACUUUUGCAGCGCCCUGGAAGGAGGCGAGGGAGAAGGGAGCGUGAAAGGAGAGGGAGCAAAAAACACACCCUAAAACAUUUAUUUCAAGGAGAAAAGAAAAAAGGGGGCGCAAAAAUGGCUGGGGCAAUUAUAGAAAACAUGAGUACCAAGAAGCUGUGCAUUGUUGGUGGGAUUCUGCUUGUGUUCCAAAUCAUCGCCUUUCUGGUGGGAGGCUUGAUUGCUCCAGGACCCACAACGGCAGUGUCCUACAUGUCAGUGAAAUGUGUGGAUGUCCGUAAAAACCACCACAAGACCAAAUGGCUAAUGCCUUGGGGACCCAACCAGUGUGACAAGAUCCGAGACAUCGAGGAAGCGAUUCCAAGAGAAAUCGAAGCCAAUGACAUUGUGUUUUCCGUCCACAUUCCCCUCCCCGCCAUGGAGAUGAGUCCCUGGUUCCAGUUCAUGCUGUUUAUCCUGCAGCUGGACAUUGCAUUCAAGCUGAACAACCAAAUCAGAGAAAAUGCAGAAGUUUCCAUGGAUGUUUCCCUGGCUUACCGUGAUGAUAUGGUUGCUGAAUGGACUGAAAUGGCCCAUGAGAGAGUGCCCCGGAAACUCAAAUGUACCUUCACCUCCCCCAAGACCCCAGAGCAUGAAGGCCGUUACUAUGAAUGCGAUGUCCUUCCCUUCAUGGAAAUCGGGUCUGUGGCUCAUAAGUAUUACCUUCUAAACAUUCGACUGCCUGUGAAUGAGAAGAAGAAAAUCAACGUUGGGAUUGGAGAGAUAAAAGAUAUUCGGUUGGUGGGAAUUCACCAGAAUGGAGGCUUCACCAAGGUGUGGUUCGCCAUGAAGACCUUCCUUACGCCCAGCAUCUUCAUCAUUAUGGUGUGGUACUGGAGGAGGAUCACCAUGAUGUCUCGACCCCCAGUGCUUCUGGAAAAAGUCAUCUUUGCCCUUGGGAUCUCCAUGACUUUUAUCAAUAUCCCGGUGGAAUGGUUUUCCAUUGGGUUUGACUGGACCUGGAUGCUGUUGUUCGGCGACAUCCGACAGGGCAUCUUCUACGCGAUGCUUCUCUCCUUCUGGAUCAUCUUCUGUGGCGAGCACAUGAUGGAUCAACAUGAGCGGAAUCACAUAGCAGGGUAUUGGAAGCAAGUUGGACCAAUUGCUGUUGGCUCUUUCUGCCUCUUCAUAUUUGACAUGUGUGAGAGAGGGGUUCAACUCACCAAUCCCUUCUACAGUAUCUGGACUACAGAUGUUGGAACAGAGCUGGCUAUGGCCUUCAUCAUCGUGGCUGGGAUCUGCCUCUGCCUCUACUUCCUGUUUCUGUGCUUCAUGGUCUUUCAGGUGUUUCGGAACAUCAGCGGGAAGCAGUCCAGCCUGCCAGCCAUGAGCAAAGUCCGGCGACUGCACUAUGAGGGGCUAAUUUUCAGGUUCAAGUUUCUCAUGCUUAUCACCUUGGCCUGUGCUGCCAUGACUGUCAUCUUCUUCAUUGUUAGUCAGGUGACUGAAGGCCAUUGGAAGUGGGGCGGUGUUACGGUCCAAGUGAACAGUGCCUUUUUCACAGGCAUCUAUGGGAUGUGGAACCUGUAUGUGUUUGCUCUGAUGUUCUUGUAUGCACCAUCCCACAAGAACUAUGGGGAGGACCAGUCCAACGGCGAUCUGGGUGUCCACAGUGGGGAGGAACUCCAGCUCACCACCACCAUCACCCACGUGGACGGACCCACCGAGAUCUACAAGUUGACCCGCAAGGAGGCCCAGGAGUAGAAGGCUGCAGCACCCGGCUGGGACUGUCCCCCAUGCCCUGGCCCCUCUCACUAGAGUGGGGAGCGUGCCAGAGAGCUCCAUGUGCAAACAAAUGCUCCGUCUCUGAGCUGUGGUUUCUUGGACCAGCGGCAUGGACGUUUGUCAGCUUGCCUUCUGACGGUCGCUCUCGGAGGAAGAGCCCUAUAGCCACUAAUGUGUAUGAUAACAAAACCUCUGGUAUGACACAUUUUUUGGUGAUCAUUGUUAAUUAGUGACAUAGUAACAUCUGUAGCAGGUGGUUAGUAAACCUCAUGUGUUGGGGGUGCGCUCCUUGGGGGAUGGUUUGGGCCAGAUGGGGUCUAUAUGGAGUGGAAUAUUUGACAAUUUCUUUUUCCUAUUUUAGAUUCUAGCAUAGAAUGUAACAUCCUCUGCAGUCCAAGAUGGGCUGGUGUCAUAGUCUUCUCACUCCUAGUCCAUGACAUGACCACUUUUUUUUUUUUCCCUAUUUAUAUCACCAAGUAGCCUAUUGAGUUAAUAUUUAAGUUGUAUCCCUAUUUUUAUGACAUAAUAUAAAGUAAUUGAAUUUCAUGAGAAGGUUCUGUUACACCAGGGGCAUUUCAGCUUUGAAACCAAAUCUGUAUAUCCAAUACUAACCAGUCUGUUGGAUGUGGGUUUUUAAAAAAUGUUUGCUAAACUACCCAAGUAGGAUUUAUUGUAUUAAAUGGCCUUUGGGUCUGAAAAGCUUUUUUAACCCCUUGCUUAAAAUGUGUUUUCUUUCCAUCAGAUGCUUCAAACAGCCUCUGAAAGUGUAGAUGCGAUCAUUUAAAUAAACCUGUAUGUAUAUGCCUAUAUGUAUACGCACACGUCGUCCUCCUGCUCAACCAGGACACGUGAAUGCAGAUUCUUCUCCAUGUUGCAUCUUUGGGGUGGAAAGGAAAUAGCUUUAUGAAAAAUUAAAGUAUUUUGCAUCAA